AUGGCCUCUCGAAGCAGUACCUCCUCUCCAGAUCCUCUAGGAUACCCAGGCGACCCCGAAUACCUCUUGUCUUCCGCCAAAAAACCAUUCCGCCAACGAAGCAUGUCACCGUCGAAAGGCACAACCCCACGACGGGGAAGGCCACCGCUGCAUCAAAAGAGCUACCAGUCUCCAAAGAAGAGUACUAAGAAUAGUAGGCAAACAAUACAUUUAGAAGAUAUUAUAUUACCAUCCACGCCGUCGGGAAAUUCGAAAACAACGCGUUUUGACCGAAGAUCGCUAUCCCCCACUAAGGCUAUUCUACAAUCAGAUGGCAAUAUUAGUCCGUGGCGCAUACGGGUUACAGUCGAAGCUGAACAGGAAGAUGAAGAAAAUGGGAAUCAAACCAAUAAACAAAAGCGACUCGGGCCAUGGGUGGGCGGUAAAACGGUAAAGGUCCCGUUAAAGGGGACAUCGUCAACAGAACCAACACCAAAAAGACGCCGGCGCGGAAAGAGCAAGUCUGAUACCUUAGAACGACCUCCUACUCCCAGACGUAAAAAGGGUGAUACAGUUACCGAAUCAACCUCGAGCAUGGCUAAGAAGAUGGAGAUUGACGUUCAACAAGAUACAGAGAUGGUGGAGGACGUUAUGCCAACUGUAGAAGUUAACCCCCAUUCACAAGAUUUCGACGAGCCAACACAAAAUUUUGGAGACAUAUUCCUGGAUAUCGCAGCAGAUGGAGACAUGGACGAUGAUGAUGGUGACGCGUUGACGGGAGAACAGGUAGAAUUGGCCAAUCCUGCACCACGACGGUCACCAACAAACAAUACCGGAAUUGCGCCAUUAGACAGAAGGAAAGACCACAUACCACGGGAAAAUCCCCAAAGCUCGCCGAUUCCUAGCGGCUUAUCUCCAAUCAAUAUCACCAACGCCGGCCGUACGCCUAGGCCCAAACGAAUAUAUCCAACACCAACCUCAUCUUCGCUAGUGGAUGAAACACUAGAGAAGCCUAUAAACCGUGCUGCUGGUACAGAACCUACUACGUCAAAAAUCUCGGAUCCCACCGAAGAACAUCGUGAAUUUGAUUCGAUAAUGGAAAGCGAAGGAUUCAGCAUGGUAUCGCUAGAUACCUUACCCUCAGCAAGGCAGCGGCUGCGCCAACUAUUUGAAAACCAGGCCAGCCGCAUCAAAUCGCCAAAAUCCAAUGCAAUAUCCCGGCCGCUGCAGCAAAUAUCCCCAAAACCUACCUCGACGGCCGCAUUGUCACCUAAUAUAUCCACUACCCGGUCAUCUUCUAAACGUCCGCACAGCCAAUUAUAUGAAGCAAUCUCCUCUCUUCAACAAUCAUCACCAAGGGAUAUGACCUCUAGACCUCAUCGCACACCACGGGCUAAUCCCCGCUCAUCCGCACGCCCUCCCGCUGCCCCGGCUCAUGCACCUCAAACUGUACCCCCUAAAAGGCGUCCUUUGGCUCGGUUAUGUCGUGUGAUACGGGCUGGAAUUGCUCUUCAUGGCCUUCUAGAUCGCAGGCGACAAAGUGGCAACCUCCAAACGCCAUUUUCUAGCCCCAAUACAGGCCAUGUAGACGAUAUGGAGGCUACGCGACAGAGGUUGGACAAUCUUUUUCAAGAUUUCAAUAUGGAAACUCGGAGAGAACUGCGCGCAGGAGUACGGUUCGGGGAGGAGCUUGCUAAAAGACUUAGUCAGCCAAGCGAAAAGCGACGAGAAUUACCCGUCACGCAGGAAAGCACUAGGCUGCAGGAGGUAACAUCUAUGCGGCCAAGCAAAAAUGUAGCUUACCCAGAGCCAGGAGGCGCAUCUCAAAGGCUAGAAACAGAGCCUGCCCCUGAAAUAGAGAAAGAAAAACCUACGAAAAGCCCACGCCUGGAGCCUUUCCCUGCAGAGGAAAUUACCGGGGAUACGUCAAUGGAUUCAUUGAUGGUCAGGCGAGAAGCAGAAUGGCGCCGUGAAAGACAAGCCAUCAGUCGACAAAUAGAAAUGGCCAAUGAGAGCCAAGUCAUUGUUAUUGGCAGCGAUGAUGGCGUAUCGCAACCAGAAGUUGUCCCAGGUGCAAGCGAUCAUUCUGAGGAGCGGGAGGAAGAAGCUGUGGUGGACGAUCAAGAGGAGCUACAGGAAGCUGAUUACGGAGAGGAGACUGACAUUUGGCAGCAGGCGGCUCGUGAACCUGAAGCCAACUCCCACCCACUGACGUUAUCUGAUACAGUGCACAAAGAGCAACCUCAACGGCGCAAACUUGGCUUCCCAAGUCCUCGGGCUGGGUCGGAGGAAGAGGCCUAUAGCGCGACUGAUGAUUACGAGAUUGUUACUCUUCCAGACGGAUCCAGUGGCAAGGAUGCCUUCCCCAAAUUGGCUGUUGGUAAAUCAAAGAUGGCUCAAUACAGGGAUACGGAUGCAUCCCUGUCCCCCUUACUGGGGACACCAGACAGCGCCACGGUACGAUUUUACGAAGGCAAUUUCAAGCGGUCAAGUGUGGGAAUUUCACAACAUCAUCGGCCUCAAGAGACGUUGGAUUCUCUUCCUCAACGUAAUAACCGUGCAGCAAGCCGUGAACCCGACGAGCCAACAAGAAUACACAAUAAUUCCUCUAAAAGACGCCAACAACUCCAGGACAGCUUUGAACUGGAACAGGAUGAAGACAACCAGCUAUUGUAUACCCAGUCACAGCCGUUGGCCAAUUCUAUCUUGGCGCCACCAGCCCAGGAAGAUGUAAUGCAGCGUACAAGCCCACGCUUACCCAAACAUUCCCAGGAUAAUGUCCCUUCUGAAAGUGAAGUGUACGUAGAGGUACACGAAGAAGAGGAGCUGGAAGAAGGAUUUGAGGAUGAUGUCGCGGAGAGCGAGAUCACUAACCCUUCAAUUCCAGAACCCCCAGAACAAACAUCAACAAUUACAUGGUUCAAUAAGUUGACCAGCAACCUCGCUCCGGCAUGGUUAACCAGCACCCCUGCUCCAGCACAUUCUUCGAAACGAAAACCUCCAAGUAAAAUCAAGAAUGGUGUUGGUCCUAUUUCUACCACUGACGCUGCCCCUGCUGCACAGCCUCCCACAAGAAGUCAGAAUUGUGCGAAAGGCAAAGAACCUGAAAGGCACUCCUUUGUCAAACGGCUUGCAAUUUCGGGAUACUUUACUGACGACCACUACGUGGAACUUCGCAAAAUCUAUCGAGAAGCGAAGAUGCGACCAGACAGGUUCAAAUACAAUCCCACAGAUGACCGGGAUGAGAUGAUUGGCCAGUGGAUGUGGUCUGCAGAUGGGCAACAUCGCCGGCAGGUCACUGAGAUACAAUUGAUGAUCGUUGAACGCUUUCGCCAGACCUUAAUCGAAGACGACCUCCAACAUGGGGGUGACGGAGCUAUGGAGUGGAGUGAAGAAGAUAUUCUGUGGAGAUUAUUCAGUAUUAUUGUUGGAGAACAGAUAAGGAGACAGAGAAAAGAACAGCAACGGCUGCACCACUGA